CGCAGCGCUUAAGCCCCGCCCCUCCCCCCCACCGGCUUUAGUAAAGCGUCACGUUGCUCUGCAGCACAGUCUCUCCCGUCACCUCGACAUCUCCUAACCUGCCUUCUCUUCUCCGAGCUGCUGCCGCCAUGACUCAUCAGUUUCCCGCGCUGACCCCUGAGCAGAAGAAGGAGCUGCAGGGCAUCGCCCAAAGGAUCACCGCCCCGGGGAAGGGGAUCCUCGCCGCCGAUGAGUCCACCGGGAGCAUGGCGAAGCGCUUCACCCCCAUCGGCGUGGAGAACACGGAGGAGAACAGACGCCGCUAUCGCCAGCUCCUCUUCACAGCCGACCGCCGCAUCGACAGCUGCAUCGGCGGCGUCAUCUUCUUCCACGAGACGCUCUACCAGACCACCGACGACGGCACCACCUUCUCCAAGCUCAUCAAGGACCGCGGCAUCGUGGUCGGCAUCAAGGUGGACAAAGGUGUGGUGCCCCUCGCCGGAACCAAUGGAGAGACCACCACUCAAGGUUUGGACGGGCUGUCCGAGCGCUGCGCCCAGUACAAGAAGGAUGGCGCCGACUUUGCCAAGUGGCGCUGCGUGCUGAAGAUCAGCGACACCACGCCGUCAGAGCUGGCCAUCUUUGAGAACGCUAACGUGCUAGCACGCUACGCUAGCAUUUGCCAGCAGAAUGGCAUCGUUCCCAUCGUGGAGCCAGAGAUCCUCCCUGACGGCGACCACGACCUGAAACGCUGCCAGUACGUCAGUGAGAAGGUUCUAGCUGCCGUGUACAAGGCCCUGUCAGACCACCACGUCUACCUGGAGGGGACUCUGCUGAAGCCCAACAUGGUCACCGCCGGACACGCCUGCCCCAACAAGUACAGCAACGAGGAAAUCGCCAUGGCCACGGUCACCGCCCUGCGUCGCACCGUGCCUCCCGCAGUCACAGGGGUGACCUUCUUGUCAGGUGGCCAGUCCGAAGAGGAGGCCAGCAUCAACCUCAACGCCAUCAACAACUGUCCGCUGGCCAAGCCCUGGGCGCUCACCUUCUCCUACGGCCGCGCCCUGCAGGCGUCCGCCCUGCAGGCGUGGAGAGGCGACGUCAACAAGGAGAAGGCCGCCACCGAGGAGUUCAUCAAGCGCGCCGAGGCAAACGGCCUGGCCGCCCUGGGCAAGUACGAGUGCUCCAGCGCCGGCGGCGCCGCGGGCCAGUCCCUCUACGUGGCCAACCACGCCUAUUAAAGCAGCACGUGUGACCGCGGCCUCGUUAGUCUUGUAUCUGCUCCGCUAUUAACCCCCACAGCUCCGACAUCCACCUCUAUUAUAUCAAAUCUUAUUAUUAGAUAUUUCACAUCAGAAUGUCAAACUACUAAAAGGGAGCUGCAGUGUCCAAACUAGGUAGCCUUCUUGUCUUGUCCAUGUUUUGUCUCAUGUGGGACCAGCAUGUUUGUGUCUGUAACUCGCUGAACGCACUCGUGCUUUAAAAAACCGCUGAAAUCCUCCCAGUGGGACCAACAAGACAUUUUUCAGUGUGAAGAUGCGAGGGCUUGUUGUACGCCAAGGCGGUCUUUCCUCCUGUCAGUCAACCGGCGUGUUCAGUCUUGAGUGUUAACGUUCGCUUUCAGUUGCGCCAGUUUAGUGUGAAGCUGUCGAUAUUGUGUGUCAUUCCCCCGCUCCCGCCUCCUCACGCCGGCCCCACCGCCAGAAGAGCGACGUGACGAGGGCGCUCGGACCAACGCGAGGAGACUCUCACUGCUGUCCUGGGAAAAAAAUGCAAUGUUUGUGUUGAUAUUGUUCUUGAAGCACUCGGUGUGUCACAUAGUGAAAAUAAAUCAACUAUAUUAAACUAUAAA